UAGAGUGACAACGUAACCCUAAAUAUGGCGACCCAAAAAGUUAAAGAAUUAGCUGGUAGAGUUAUCAUCACAACUGCUCACAUUAACAUUCGUUCAUUCCUUAUUUAAUAAAUUCUUGAAUCACGAAUAAAUAUAUUUUUUUAAUUAGUGAAGUAUUUAAAACUUCUAUAUUCAUUUCCUGUUCAUUAAGAAUGGUGAAUGAUUUUUUUCCGUUUUCACAUCCUUAACCUUUUAAAACGUAUGGAGGCUUUUUGGCCUCCUUGGAAACAUUGCGUUGCUGCGGGAGGAAGUCUUUUAGCCUCCUAAAAUUUUCGGGCUUACUGCGGGAGGAGGUCAAUAAACCUCCACAAAUUUGCAGCUAUGGUGCGGGAGGAGGUCUUUUAGCCUCCACCCAAAUUUUUUCUCCACUGCGGGAGGAGGUCAAUAGACCUCGUUAAAAAAAUUUUUCGCUCUUCAUAACUCAUAAUAAUAUUUUAUAUAAUAAAAUAAUUACUAGUUAUUUGAUCAAAUUUGCACAAAAAAACACUCGAAUACAAAAUUGUGCACGUGUUGAAUUUCUACCAUAACAUUGCAAAAGAUUUAAAUGAGCAAAAAUUUAUUUUAAAAUACUCCAAAAAACCCUUCCCACAGUAACCGUCUAUUUAGCGUCCCUCCCUUCACAAAACUAGAUUUUGUUUUUGGAAAUUGACUCCCGAAUCAUAACCCAAUAAGCACAGUAAAUCUCCGGCGGUAACGUUUUGGUCACGUCAUUAUACACACGUUUUAAAAGGUUAAUUCGUGGCGAAAAGUCCAAUCAGAUAAAAUGAAUAAUAUUUAAAUACUUUAAAAUUUUCCAUGGUUGAAUAACGAACAAAUAAUUUUUAACAAUUUUUAAAUUUACUGAAUUUUAAAUGAAAAACAGUUUUGUUCAACAGAUACCGUUAUCAUCAUCCUUCUCAUCGCUGUACUUGCCGUUGCUGGACAGAAAGAUGCGGGUCGACUCGUGCUCUCGAACAGGGACGAUUUUCUUACCUAUUUUGACACCGAUGUUCAUUGGGAUGUCAUUAAUUCCAGUCCUGCCGGGGGAUGCCGGUCGAGCCGGGGGGCUGAGUAUUUUUACUUAACGAGAUUUGGCGGACAGGAUGACGACGUGGGCGGGGAGGUUGAACCGUUUUCGUUCGUGUUCAACAUUCGGAAGCAUAUCUGCGGCCUGAGCUAUCUCACGAUGUCGAUCCGCUAUUGCAAUUUGGACACGAAGAGUGCCGUUGGACCGACGCCAAUUCCUGGGAGGAGAGACCUCGGCGUGGACUACCAUGUUUUAAAAUCGCAUAAGUUUUUUGCCUAGGAUUACGAGGAGCAGAUCAUGCUGAAUCACGCGGAAGGAACGAUUAAGUUGAACGGAUCCCUCUACUUGGACAGUUCCUUGUAUAUUGAUGAGAUAAUUUUGUGUCAUGAUGGGCACUACGAUUGUUCAACUACGACCGAGCCAACCACUACACCAACUACAACACCACCUCCAUAUGCCAACAAUUGCAAUCAGUACUCCACCUCGAUGACGACCUGUCUUUCAAUGGAGUGUUCGUUCUGCACGCUCUCAACCUACACGCAAUUCCGAUGUGACACUUACGAAAAUUUGGAGCUCUACGGAUGUCUGGGUGGCGCCUGUGGUGCGCCCGCCAUCCAUGUCUCAAUCGACCCCAGCCUGCCCACUCCACCCGUGCAAACUUUGACACUCUGCCAAAAUGAGAGUAAAACCUUCGAGGUCACGUUCAAUUUGGAAUUUCACCCUCUCGAUGUUUACGUCUUGCUUGACUUGUCCGGAUCCAUGUCGGACGACAGGGAAAAUCUUAUCCGUCUUAGCACCCAGCUGGUCACAUCGGUGCAAGCAAUGACGACCGAUUACCAGCUAGGCUACGGGGCACACGUGGACAAACCACUCUCUCCAUUCGGUGGCUAUGGCGACUACAGCUUCCAGAAUUUCCUACCUCUCACCAAGAAUGCUGACGAGUUUAGAUCAGCUGUCCCCGCAAGUAGUAUCAAGUACGGGAUGGAUGGGCCUGAGAGCCAAAUUGACGCCUUAUUUCAAGUUGCCGAAUGUACGAAUCAAAUUGGUUGGAGGUCAAAUGCUCGUCACCUUUUGCUGCUUUUAACUGACGCCGGCUACCACAAGGCAGGUGAAGGUCUGCCCUACAAUCUCCUCCCAUUCAAUCGUAGCUGCGCCCUGUCACCCACCGGUCUGUACACGGGAGAGCUUACCUACGACUACCCGUCAGAAGAAGACAUUAUUUCAAUCUUUCACUCCAAAAAGAUAACUCCCAUCUUCGGCGUAACUAGCGAUUCCACCUGGGAAUAUGAAUACUUAAGACAAAACAUUCCCAACUCGGCGAUCGGAAUUUUGAACCGUGAUUCCUCCAACGUGGUUAACCUUCUGAUCAAUCAGUAUAACCAGAUCGAGCAGAGGACCAAACUCGAACGCAUCGGUGGGGACGAUGGCAGUCUCAACAUUCGCUACUUCUCGUCCUGCAAUGGCGGGUCUUUGCAAGAAACCAAUGUUUGUGACGAACUUGGACCGGAUGGAACAGUCACGUUUACGAUUUCCAUUAAUUUGAAGGAUUGCAUAGGAACUGGGGGAGAAACGUUGGUCCGAAUUGAACCGGAAGGACUUCCAACCGCGUUUCAAGUCGCGUUCAACACCAUUUGUGACGACUACUGGGGACGAUAAUAUUUGUUACAUUGUCGUUUAUAUUCUUUUAAAAUGUACACGAAUAUCUUUGAGAUAUGUAAUUAUUAGCAUUCUAUUCUACACUGUUAGACUUUUGGAACCAAAAUGCAUUCUGAAUUCAAUAUUAAGUAACCUGUACAAAAUCCAAAGUAAAUUUUCCUCCUUAUCAAGUUAAUGUUACUCUGGAUUUGGUAUUGUUUGCUUAAUAUCAAAUUCAAAAUGCAUUCACUUUUCAGACAGUGGCAU